AGUCGUUAGGCCUGAUUUGCAUUGCAACCUCUUUUUCCAGAACUUCCAGAAGAGUCUGGAGGAGAUGUGCUGCUUUUCAGUAUCAACAACAGCAUAUUCUCCCAAAGUAACCAUUGCGUUGUACCUUAGUGACAUGUCUGUUCCAUGUUCCAAACUUGCACUAUUCAACUUAUCCAGGGAAAGUAGCAACAGUUUUCCAUUCUAGGGUCCAUUCAGAGGGAAUGAUGGCUGAUUAGCAAUUCUGGAAAUACAAUUUAGUUAUAUGGGCCUAGUUUAAUAGAUUUUAGUAAUUUAAUGGGAUAUUUACGUUGUAAUGUGUAACCUGGAAAAGCCAGUAAACUGUAAAGGAGUCCAGUCGGCUGAAUACCCCAGUAUGGAUUCACACUUGAUUAAGGGGGACCUUUAUCUCUGUGCUAGUAGCUUGUGAUUGGUCAGAGAUAUCUGGAGGACAUGACCGCUUGUCGUGAGACGCCGUGCGCAUCCAAACGAGGUGAUGACUGUGUCUGAGCAGCCAUGGUGUCUCCGGUGACCAAGGCUGUCUUUAUUGCCCUCUUCCUCUUCGCCAUCCUGCUCAUCCUCUAUGUCAUUCUGUGGUACAUCUGCCGAGAUGCUGAUAACGAUUACAUCUGAGCACAAGCAUGAAGGACAGACAUUUAAACGGAGGGAGGCGAUUUCUCUGGGACACUGCAGACUGGUUGGCUGGUCGCAUAUCAAUGAGGAUGCUGCCCUGGACAGGGACUGAAACUGCAGAGAAAAGACUUACUUUGUCAACUUCUGUUGCAUCGUUCUCUGACGCAGAGGCAUGUUAACCCAGAAGACAAUACAGCAGCCAUAUGUGGACGGGAAAUGAGGAGGAAACAACAGAUGCCAAACCUGAAGAACUGUAUCAGUGUCUACAGUUUCCUCCAAAAGCAGCCAAAAAAACAGAUGACCCCCAGCAUUCUGCUUCAGGUGAAGGAAAGAAGAUUUUCCUGCUUCUAGCUCUCAUUACUGUCCUACUGACCAUUCUCCUUAUCAUCUCAGUAGUGCAUUACUCACAUUUUCAGCAGACACUGGGAGUGAUGGACCGACCAAUCACAAAUGAAGAAGUGUGGCACCUCCGUGCUGAUGUGUUCUAUUUGUUCUGGUAUGAGGGGGGUGACUGCAACGCUGCUGAAAGCUUCUGUAUCCGAAGAAAUGCUAGCCUUGCUACUGCAACUGAACAUAACAUGGCUUGGCUGCAGUCACAGACCAAUGGAAAGCAAAUACUGGUGAGAAGAGAUAAUUUCGACGGCUCUGGGAAUACUGACUCCCUCAUACAAAUGGAUGAAGAUGAUACAGAGUGUAACCUCCUGACCCAUAAACUUCAAAAACAGCAGGCAGAAGGAUGGGUGUGUGGAAGAGCAGCAAAAUGAUCAUCACAACUAAUAUUUUCAAUAUUAAUCCACAAUUCCAAAUCACAAAAAAAACAUUUAAAUUUCCUAACAAAAAUUGUUAUCUAUAUAUUUUCAGAUCCAUGAAUUUAAAGCUACCGCAAAACUGCUGUUCAGAGUUUUUAGUUAAAUAGAUUUGAAUGUAUUAUUAUAAAUUGACCUGAAUUGUAUAAAUCUGAAAAUGCACAUUUUAUUAAUCUGGAAAUUAUAUAUUUUUUUAUUUUCAAAUGUUUUUCAGCAAAUUGCACCACUUCCACUCCAAAAAAGCAUUUAAAUUAUAAUGAUACAAUUGAUAAAUCACGCCAUUAAAUUGUUAACCUCAAUAGAUCUAUAGUUACAUUAAACAGUAUAUUUAAAAAGCCAAUGUGGAGAGACCAGGUCUUAUCUAACGGUGGUGAUCAACUGAGCUGUAUGUUCGUAAAGCAUAUAUUUUAUUUGUUGUGUCCUCAGUACAGAAGGUGGAAGCAGGGUUCUGAGUGUUUAUAGAUGUGCAGGUAAAAAGGGGUGUGAAUAGUUUCUAAACUAAACUCAGAUUUCAUCUACAUUAUUGCAUUCUCUGCUUUACCACAGUGAUAAAGAAAUUUGUGCUGAUUCGACAGACACUGAUAUUGUGACUAAUCCAUACAUCCAUAAAAUCCAUGUGCUAUUCAGCUUACUGGUAGUUAUCACUAAGAAACACAAUCAUUUCAAUUCACUUUCCCUCAAUUAUUCACUCCAAACAUUUCUAGUUUCUUGAAAAUUGGUCCCACCUGCAGGACGAUUUUUUUUACAGUUUAGACUGGACUAUCUCAAAGAUGUGUUUUUGAGACAUCCUGUAGAGCAGUUAUUUUAAGUAGAUUUUCAUCAAAAGUUUAUCAUGAGUCACAAACUUCAAGCAGUUCCACUAACUAGCAUUAGUCUAUUCCGUGGCUACAGCAACCAAUAGCUCCAGCUAAUAACAGCUAGCUAAAAUGGCAUAAUAAUUAACCUGCUUGCUGGAGAAAAGUUUGUAUGGAACUCU